AGGGUUAAUGUUCCCACAAUGCCACAUCUCCAUGUUACAGCGCUUGUGUAUGGGACAUGUAUGGAAGAGAGGCGACCACCUGUACUAAUUCGCUAUCUAGCAUGCUCCGAACCCCUGUGUGUAACCGUAACUCGGGGAGUGUAGUUUCUUUGGAUGGAGGCACCCAUAGUCGUAUGGAUCUGUGCAAAACUGCUCCAGUGAUUCCAGACUUACAGAAACAGACUGUGGAAGGUCACCAUGGAUCUCGGUGAGUUUGAAGCAGACAACUCGGUGAGCUGUCGCCUGGCUUCAGCAAUACCCGACGUCUGCAAGACAGAAGACUGCUGUUUGGGUAUCGAUGAAGCCGGCAGGGGGCCUGUACUGGGACCCAUGGUCUACGGAAUAUGUUUCUGUCCCGUCGACAAAAAGGAAGCUCUGAAGGACUUAAAAGUGGCAGACUCGAAGACAUUGACUGAGGCCCAGAGAGAGGAUCUAUUCCGCAAGCUGGACGAGGCCAAGAGCUUUGUAGGCUGGGCUCUUCAGAUUCUCUCACCCAACACUAUCUCUACCAGCAUGCUGCAGAGGUCAAAAUACAACCUGAAUGCUCUCUCUCAUGACGCAGCCAUUGGCCUGGUACAGUUCGCCCUGGACAGUGGGGUACAGCUCAAAGAGGUGUUUGUGGACACGGUGGGUCCUGCAGAGAAGUACCAGGAGAAGCUGUCCCAGCGGUUCCCCGGGGUGGAAGUGACCGUACGACCCAAAGCUGACUCCCUCUUCCCCAUAGUCAGUGCUGCCAGUAUCUGUGCCAAGGUGGCCAGGGACCAUUCAGUAAAAGACUGGAACUUUCCAGAAGACCUAGGAGAGGUGGAUGCAGACUACGGCUCUGGCUACCCCAACGACCCGAAGACGAAGGCGUGGCUGUUGAAGGAGCUUGACCCGGUGUUUGGCUACCCUCAGUUUGUCAGGUUCAGCUGGAGCACCACACAGACCCUGCUGGACAGCAAGGCUGUCACCGUACACUGGGAUGAUGAUGAGGAGGAUGGUGAGAAGGCCGCAGCCCGUCAGAACAACACCUCCAUGCUCUCCUACUUCAAGACAGGCUCCUCCGCCCAGCAGGGCAACACACACCAGACACACCGCUUCUUCACAGAGAGGAGACUGCAGAGCCUGGCCACACUCUGAGACAAGGAGAGGAAUACAAAACACACACCCACUGAGACAAGGAGAGUAAUAUACACACACCCACUGAGACAAGGAGAGGAAUACACACACACACACUGAGACAAGGAGAGGAAUACACACACACACACUGAGACAAGGAGAGGAAUACACACACACACACUGAGACAAGGAGAGGAAUACACACACACACACACUGAGACAAGGAGAGGAAUACACACACACACACACACACACCCACUGAGACAAGGAGAGGAAUACACACACACCCACUG